AUCGCGGGCUCGCGCUCGUGGCACAACCUCCGCCACCGCCGCUUUCUCCGAUCCACCCGCCCUCCCCGGGCUCGCUCCCGAGGGGCGUCCAGGCCGGGCACCGCCGCUGCAGUGUUAGUUACUGGCAGAAACGUUGGCAGAAACGUCGGCGAUCCCCAUAAAUAUGCAGGAGCUGCAGAAGGCAAAGUAGAGUAGACGCCCGCGCUCUCCCACACUCACUGGCCGCUCACCACGCGGGCCGUGUAGAUAUCUAUCCCCCGCGCUAUCUCCCCCAUUUUCUCGCGGGCCGUUCAGGUUCCCGUCCUGCUGGCUCCGAGGACCCUCCCGCCCCAGCGCCCUCGCCCCGUCCUCGCCUCCCUCCGCCCCGGAGCGCGCACCCACCCGGGCGGCAAAGUUGUGACUACUUGGGCGCGGGUGGCUUGCGCCCCGCUCGCUCCGCGCCUCGCACCAACUUCCCGCGGUUCGGCCCCGCCGCGCCCCGAGCCCGCGCCUCCGGGGAUCCCGCGGGCCCCCAGCUUCCAGCCCCGGCGGCGCGCCGGGCAGCGCUUCGGUGGCGGCGGCGGCGGCGCAGGCGGUGGCGGCGGCGGCGGCGGCUGCAGCCCAACACUCAGCCGCCAAACUGGAGGAGCGACGGAAGCCGGACCCGAGGAGGAUGGAGGAUGAAGCUGUCCUGGACAGAGGGGCUUCCUUCCUUAAGCAUGUGUGUGAUGAAGAAGAAGUAGAAGGCCACCACACCAUCUACAUCGGGGUCCAUGUGCCAAAGAGCUACAGGAGAAGGAGACGUCACAAGAGAAAGGCAGGGCACAGAGAAAAGAAGGAAAAGGAGAGAAUCUCUGAGAACUACUCUGACAAGUCCGACGUGGAGAACGUGGAUGAGUCCAGUAGCAGCAUCCUAAAGCCUCUCAUCUCUCCUGCCGCAGAACGCAUCCGAUUCAUCUUGGGCGAGGAGGAUGACAGUCCAGCACCCCCUCAGCUCUUCACGGAACUGGAUGAGCUGCUGGCCGUGGAUGGACAGGAGAUGGAGUGGAAGGAGACAGCGAGGUGGAUUAAGUUUGAAGAAAAAGUGGAACAGGGUGGGGAGAGAUGGAGCAAGCCCCACGUGGCCACCUUGUCCCUUCAUAGCUUAUUUGAGCUGAGGACAUGUAUGGAGAAAGGAUCCAUCAUGCUGGACAGGGAGGCUUCUUCUCUCCCGCAGUUGGUGGAGAUGAUUGUUGACCAUCAGAUUGAGACAGGCCUAUUGAAACCUGACCUUAAGGAUAAGGUGACCUAUACUUUGCUCCGGAAGCACCGGCAUCAAACCAAGAAAUCCAACCUUCGAUCCCUGGCUGACAUUGGGAAGACAGUCUCCAGUGCAAGUAGGAUGUUUACCAACCCUGAUAAUGGUAGCCCAGCCAUGGCCCACAGGAAUCUGACUUCUUCCAGUCUGAAUGACAUCUCUGAUAAACCAGAGAAGGACCAGCUGAAGAAUAAGUUCAUGAAAAAACUGCCACGUGAUGCCGAAGCCUCCAACGUGCUUGUUGGCGAGGUCAACUUCUUAGAUUCUCCUUUCAUUGCCUUUGUUCGGCUGCAGCAGGCCGUCAUGCUGGGUGCCCUGACUGAGGUCCCUGUGCCCACAAGGUUCUUGUUCAUUCUCUUAGGUCCUAAGGGGAAAGCCAAGUCCUACCAUGAGAUUGGCAGAGCCAUUGCCACCUUGAUGUCUGAUGAGGUGUUCCAUGACAUCGCUUAUAAAGCAAAAGAUAGGCAGGACCUGAUUGCUGGCAUUGACGAGUUCCUAGAUGAAGUCAUUGUCCUUCCACCCGGGGAAUGGGAUCCAGCGAUCAGGAUAGAGCCCCCUAAGAGUCUUCCAUCAUCUGACAAAAGAAAGAAUAUGUACUCAGGUGGAGAAAAUGUUCAGAUGAACGGGGACACGCCCCAUGAUGGAGGCCAUGGAGGAGGAGGACACGCGGAUUGUGAGGAAUUACAGCGCACUGGAAGGUUCUGUGGUGGACUAAUUAAGGACAUAAAGAGGAAAGCACCAUUUUUUGCCAGUGAUUUUUAUGAUGCUUUAAAUAUUCAGGCUCUUUCAGCAAUUCUCUUCAUUUAUCUGGCAACAGUAACUAAUGCUAUCACUUUUGGAGGACUGCUUGGGGAUGCCACUGACAACAUGCAGGGCGUGUUGGAGAGUUUCCUGGGCACCGCUGUCUCUGGAGCCGUCUUUUGCCUCUUCGCUGGUCAACCACUCACUAUUUUGAGCAGCACAGGACCUGUUCUAGUUUUUGAGAGGCUUCUAUUUAAUUUCAGCAAGGACCAUAAUUUUGACUACUUGGAGUUUCGCCUUUGGAUUGGCCUGUGGUCAGCCUUCAUGUGUCUCAUUUUGGUGGCCACUGAUGCCAGCUUCUUGGUUCAGUACUUCACUCGCUUCACUGAAGAGGGCUUCUCUUCUCUGAUUAGUUUCAUCUUUAUCUAUGAUGCUUUCAAGAAGAUGAUCAAGCUAGCUGAUUACUACCCCAUCAACUCCAACUUCAAAGUGGGCUACAAUACUCAAUUUUCCUGUGUUUGUAUGCCUCCCAACCCAGUUAAUAUCUCCAUGUCAAAUGAUACCACAUUGGCUCCUGAAGAUUUGCCAACUGUUUCUUCUACUGACGCACACCAUAAUGCUACCUUUGACUGGGCAUUUCUGACGACGAAGGAGUGUUUGAAAUAUGGAGGAAAGCUCAUGGGCAACAACUGUGGUUUUGUUCCUGAUAUCACUCUCAUGUCUUUCAUCCUUUUCUUGGGCACCUACACCUCUUCUAUGGCUCUGAAAAAAUUCAAAACUAGUCGUUAUUUUCCAACCACGGCAAGGAAACUGAUCAGUGACUUCGCCAUUAUCUUGUCCAUUCUCAUCUUUUGUGUAAUAGAUGCCCUGGUAGGUGUGGAUACUCCAAAACUGAUAGUGCCAAGUGAGUUCAAGCCAACAAGUCUAAACCGAGGUUGGUUUGUUCCACCAUUUGGAGGAAACCCCUGGUGGGUGUACCUUGCAGCUGCUAUACCUGCUUUGUUGGUCACCAUUCUCAUUUUCAUGGACCAGCAAAUCACAGCUGUGAUUGUAAACAGGAAAGAACAUAAACUCAAGAAAGGAGCUGGAUAUCACCUGGAUCUCUUUUGGGUGGCCAUCCUCAUGGUGGUGUGCUCCUUCAUGGCCCUUCCGUGGUACGUGGCUGCUACUGUCAUCUCCAUUGCUCACAUCGACAGUUUGAAGAUGGAGACAGAGACUUCUGCACCUGGAGAACAACCAAAAUUCCUAGGAGUGAGGGAACAAAGAGUCACUGGAACCCUUGUGUUUAUUCUGACUGGUCUGUCAGUCUUUAUGGCUCCCAUCUUGAAGUUUAUUCCCAUGCCUGUACUCUAUGGCGUGUUCCUGUAUAUGGGGGUAGCAUCUCUUAAUGGUGUGCAGUUCAUGGAUCGUCUGAAGCUGCUUCUGAUGCCCCUGAAGCAUCAGCCUGACUUUAUCUACCUGCGCCAUGUCCCCCUGCGCAGAGUCCACCUGUUCACUUUCCUGCAGGUGCUCUGUCUAGCCCUGCUCUGGAUCCUCAAGUCAACUGUGGCUGCUAUCAUUUUUCCAGUCAUGAUCUUGGCACUUGUAGCUGUCAGAAAAGGCAUGGACUACCUCUUCUCCCAGCACGACCUCAGCUUCCUCGAUGAUGUCAUUCCAGAAAAGGAUAAGAAAAAGAAGGAGGAUGAGAAGAAAAAGAAAAAGAAGAAGGGAAGUCUGGACAGUGACAAUGAUGAUGGGAAAAAUCACCAACAUUCCUUGAACGCCACACAUCAUGCUGAUAAAAUUCCUUUCCUUCAGUCACUCGGUAUACCAAGUCCUUCUAGAACUCCAGUAAAAGUUGUGCCUCAAAUUAGAAUAGAACUUGAGCCUGAAGACAAUGAUUAUUUCUGGAGGAGCAAGGGAACAGAAACUAUAUUGUAACCUGUUUGUCUUUCUUACAACUGACAGUUUUUGUUGUUUAUGUUCUUGUUUUUUGUCUAAUUGUUUAUUUUUUAAUUUUUGUUUUGGUUUGGUUUUUGGUCACUGGCCAAACAAUACAGUGCUCUCUCUGCUUCUCUCUUGCAUAGGUAAAAUCAAGACAGUAGUGCACCGUUCCUUAAAAACAACAUCUGAAGAAUCCCCUAUUUGUUCUUAUACUUUCAAAUGUGUCCUCUGACAACCAAAUUCCUCUGUCACUCAAGACACACACAGACCCUGUCCUUUUCCUUUAUUAAGCAGAGGGCAAAAGUAUUAAGGAUCUUAUAACACCUUUUAUUAAAAUAUUGAAGGAACUUCCCCCUUGAGCUUUGGAGCUGUGCUUACUGGCUUGUCUUUCUGUCUGGUUAAACAAACCUUGACCUCCAGACAGUCCCUUCUCACUUAUAGCACUCUCCAGGACUGGAAAAAGUGCUGCUAUUCUAACUUGCUCUUGCUUAUAAACACUAAUCUCUUAAGAGUUAUCAAAAGAAGAAAAACUAAAGGUACUUUACUCCCACUAGAGAAACUAUUGCCAUCAUUGUAGCAAGUGCUGGAAUGUCCGUUUUUUCCUAUGCAACUUUUUUUAACCCUUUAAUGAACUUAUCUGUUGAGUACAUUGAAGACUAUUUUUCUUCCUAGAUUUUGUUGUUUAAAUUAUGGGGCCUAACCUGCAACUUAUUUUUUGUCAAUUUUUUAAACUUUUUUUUAAUUACUGUAAAGAAAAGGAAUUUUUUCCUGCAGCAGGAAACAUAGUUUUGAGUAGUUCUACCUCUUAUUUGUAGCUGCCAGGCUUUCUGUAAAAAUUGUAUUGUAUAUAAUGUGAUUUUUACAUAAACAUACACACACACACAUACACAGAUACACCACCUCUAGGGUAUGCCAGAGGGCUAGAUCGGAUUAAAAACACCAUGUUUCUAAGCAUCCAUUUUUCCCUUUCUUUAAGAGAAAUUUAACUGUUCUAUGAAGGAGAUUGGGGGAGGAGGGAGACGCUCCUUUGUAAUGGGAAUAACUGAUGUUUUGAUAAUAGUAGUAUCCGGGCAAAGAUGCUGAUUGUAUUACCAUUUUGAUGUCCUAUGCAGUAUUGUUAGACAUUUUUUUCAUUUUGAAAACAUUUGUGUGUUUGUGUAUGUACUCUGUGUGUGGCUGGUACACAUAUGUGCAAGGGUAGAAAGAGACAGAGUGAUGGUAGGUGAAGGGCAAAGUUAUCUAGCCUCUCAUGUCAGUUUUUGUAAAACGCAAACCACAUAUGAAAAAUCCAUCAGAGGUCCAGGAGACUUACUGUUAUGCAGAUGAGGGUAAAUAUACUUUAUUACCCAGACGGCAGUCACCAUCACUGAUACAAUAGCCCUUAUUUACAAUACAAAAUGCAUAGGACUGUGAUAGACCAUUUUUACAUGUAUAAAGUGUCUAUGAGAAUGCAGUUGGAUCGCAGAGGUAUAUAUAUAUAUAUAUACAUUUUAACAAUACACUUGUCUUUAAGAUUGAAAGGCAAUUAUUCUUUGUGAUUGAGGCAUAUAGAAUAUACAUGUCUAUAUACGUGUGUGUAUGUGUAUUUCAAAGUACCAUAUUGAAAAUUAGAAAAAAGAAAAUUAGAUCUUUAACCAAAUUUAGCAUGUUAUCUAAAUGUAGUGUUUUAAUAGGCUGCAUUAUGUAUUAUGAAUCUGCAUUAAAAACAGCAUUUUAAAUGUUGAAUCCAUAAUUUUGGAUUCCUAUAACUAUAUUUGUGAUAUAUGCUGACUACGGUCGUUGGAGGAGUACUAGAAGCAGAACGAAACCACUUAUUUUGGUUUCAUAAUAUGCACGUAUUGACUCCCACUCAUUCUUAUAUUAAUUAAAUUAUAAUUCUGUCCUGUUGAAAUUUUGAUUAUAAAAAUUGUAUUGUUCUAAAUUAACUGUUACUUUUAUAUCUGAUAAUCUUAAAACUUCAAAUUUUAUACAAAUUAGACACAAAUGACCUACAAUUUUUUUCAUUAAAAUGAAGGCAGCAAAGUGAAUGUUAUUUGUUAAAACCUCACAUGCCAAAUUUUGGCAUCAUGUUUGUAUUUAGAGCUAUCCUUAAAAUGAUUACUCUGUAUUAUCUAGUUUUUCAUUACCUUAAUAUAAAACUAUAUGAAGUUUUUCUCUUUGUUUCUCCUGAGCAUCAAUAAAAUGUUUAAAAGCCAUGCAUAUUAAAUUUAGCCUAACCUAGGAUCUUGUUAAAUUAAAGACACUUUUGUUCACUUUUAUAAAAGCUCUAAAUAGAAUAAUUUAUUUUUCUGAUCAUGAAUCAAGUAUUUGAGGAUUCAUGCCCCUCUCUGUCCCUUUCAAAGAACUCCUGAAGCAACUUAACUCAGUAUUUCAGCCUUUAAGUAUAUCUAAAAGCUACCUACACCUUCAUUUAUGAUCCAUAUUCUGUGACAGAAGGUCAAUACUCAUGAUAUGAAUGCGGAGUGGCACCUUGUAUUUGCUUAAAGGAACAGUUAGUAUCAAACCUUUUCAAUAUUUUGGAACCCAGAGAAGUAUUUUAAAAAUCAUUUACUUUCAGAGGAACACAGAUAGUUACCAAACAAACAAACAAACCCUGAGGUCCACACAGAGCCACCGAAUUAUCUGUAUUUUAACUGAAUUUACACACUAUAAAGGACUAACCAGAUUUUUGGUGGUUUUGUUUCUCUGUAAACUGGACACACAGAAUACAACAGUAAAUUUUUUACCAAGUGUCUCUUCCUGAUGUAAAUGCAAAGAGAACAGAUUCAAGUUGUUAGAAGUAAAGCAGUAAGUGCAGUUGUUAACUAGAAGUCCUGUGGUAGUACAGACUUACCAUUGGAAGGAAAGCAUCACCAGGUCAAGAGUCUGCUUUAUCAGAGCAGAGAGGCCCAUGGUUUUGCAUUUGAAAGAAAAUCUUUUGGAGACACUGUUUUCCUUGAAAAACGUCACUCUACUAUGUAAAACAGUGACCAACUUGCAAUCCUAAUCAUUUUGUGUUCCAUACUGGGAACUGGAAUCAUUUUGUGGUCCAGGCAGGCAGUGGAGUGGGGUGGGGGGAUGGAGGAAGUCAGAGACAUAGGGAAACAAACCUUUAAUUGUCAGCCGCCCACCACCUCAAAGAAAGGGGGAAAGAGAAACAAUUGUCUGCCGCCAGAAAUUCAGUUGGUAUGUAUUUUUAUGCACAUGCACCAACACACACAGAGUAAAUCUUUUAUCAGCUAUAUAUUGGUGUUUAAUACAGAGAACGAUUGUCUUCCAAGUUUUUGCUUCUUUUUUUUAAACUGUGUUAAGUACUUGAAAUGUAUUGACUGCUGACUAUCUUUAAAAAACAAAAACAAAACGAUUUGAGUUGUAUUACAGAGGUUGACAUUGUUCAGGGGAUGGGACAAAGCCUUCUUCAACCCUUUUCAUACCACUUAAUGAUUUUGGUGCAGGAACUUGCGAUUUUCUUAUUUAUUCCAUGAGAUUUCACAUCCCCUCUUCACAGCAUGAGCAUGAAGCCCAGUGGCACCAAGUGGCUGAAUACAGUCAAAUGAUAUUUUGCUUGGGCCUUGGGAGUUUUUAGAUGAUGAUUUCAUCAAGCUUCAUUGCAGCCUGAAAUAAAAAAGCUUUGUGGUAUAUGCUAACCAGUCAAGUUGCGUUUUGACCAGGAAUUUGGAUAUGUUCUGUUUUUUGGCUCAUUUCUUUGUGCUCUAUGGGUACAUACAAAAAUCCUGAAUUCUGUUUCUUAGGCAGAUAUUGCAACUCAGGGCUAAAGUCAUCCAGUGAAAUUUUUAGAGCCAUAAGUAACUUUGUCCCAGUCCUACAAUGUGAAGAGAAUGAAUAGUUGCCUCUUUUUAGCCAUGUUUAUGGCUGGUACAUAUCUGUACACAUUACUUUUCAGAAUCAAUACGCACUUUCAGAUACUCUUAUUUUUAUUCUCUUAAGUCUUUAUUAACUUUGGAGAAAUGAUGCAUCUUUUUAUUUUAAGUGAAGUAGAUCAACAUGGUGGAACAAAAUGAUAAAGUACAGAACAUUUCAAUAUAUUACUAAUAAUUUUUUUCCAAUAUAAAACCUAAAAUUCCUAUAACAUUAUAGUAUUUUACAGUUUUAUGAAGCUUUCUAUUGUGACUUUUAUGGAAUUAAGAGAUGAAGAAGAUGAGAUAUUUUAGCAUUUAUAUUUUUCAAAAUUAAAUGUAUACUUAAAAUAAAGUAACUUUAUGCAUU